AUGGCAGCAGAGGCAGAGGCGAUGGGUUCAGGACGAAGUCCUGAAGGAAGGGACCCAUCCUUUACCACUCUCUCGGAAAUGUUUUCUAACCAUUACAUGGACGUCUUGACCCAUCCGCUCCGUAUCAGCAGUGCCAUCUGCAGCGCUUGCAGUUUGCUAAUCUUGCUUACUUCCCUGACCACUUCCUACUGGGUGACGGAACGAACCCCUCAAGGUCUGAUCCACGCCGGCCUCUGGGAGAUGUGCCGAGAGCCCAGCUGCCGCUACUUUCCCUUUCGUGUGCCAGAAUUCCUCCACGUCACCAGAGCCUUUCUCAUUAUGGCUGUCCUCUGUGGCUUGGUGUCGUUGAUCUUCAUUUGCAUCUCCUUCGAGCAUGCGUCCGUGGGCCCCAUCUAUUUCAUGGUGGUUGCUGGGCUCCUCAGCUUCACUGCAGGUUUCUUCACCUUGAUUGGCAUCUCGGUGUUCACAGCGGUGCACAAGAGUAAAAGGCAGUACAUCCAGCACUUAAUCAUAUUUGGUUCCUCCUAUGGACUGGGUUGGGCCUCCAUCUCUAUGUACAUCACAACAGCAGCAGCUCAUUUCUUUGCUUACUGCAAACAGAAAAACUUGAGCGACUCUGACUGUUAA